UUUUGGCAAUUAUUGUGUGUCAUUCAUUCGGAUUCACAAAAGAUGUCUUUUGUUGCAACAAAGAUUCCAAAGCAUCCAGCUACUAAUCACAAAUGCAGCUUUAUAAUUAUCGGGAUUUUUGAAGUUUUGGCGGGUCUGAUUUGUUCUAUUGUCGGAAUUUUAUUAGUUGCUCAAAUCGGUUCAAGCGGGACAUCAACCAACGCCAAAUCCGGGAUAGGCACUGGUGUGCUGUACGUCAUCUCUGGAAUAUUAGCUCUAUCCGCUGGUCAGUCACCUACACAAUGUAAUAUAAUCGGAGGAAUGAUACUGGCAUCUAUAUCUGCUUUCAUAUCGUCUGCAAUAGUGGUUCUAGGAAUAUGGAUUUUGCAAAUAUGGGGAACAUACGAAAACCGUUUGGGAAGUCGGAUACAUGGAAUUAUGGCCACCAUAAUUGUCGCUUGUGCAAUCGAGUUCGUGUUUGCUUUGGCACAUUUAGUCUACUGCUGCCGCGCAAGAUGCUGUACAAGAUCAAGCAGUCAGGUCAAACAAAUAUCACAGAAGAGAUGCCAUAGUCCUAUAUACGACGAUCAUUCGGACUGCAAGGUUCUAUCUGAAAAUUCAAUGCAAGAAGCGCAGCUGGAUUAUAAAUAAUGCAGUCAGUGUUAACAUAUACAACUUUAACACAAAAGAUCGAAGUAUAAUUGCGGACAAAUGAUUGUUUUUAGAUUUUAGUUGUUGAUUUCACGUAUUUUUCAAUUUUACAUUUUUUUCCCUAGAUACCUUUGUCGAUUUGCUCCAUAUUUUACACUUUUCUCAUUAUAAUUUGUGAUGAAAUUUUGCAUCCAUGAUCUGUAUAAAUUUAGUUAAUAGUGUUCUUCAUUAUUUCAUUUAGAAAUAAAAAUAAUUUGCUAUUUUGGAAGGCACUCGAUCGAAAGCAUUUGUUGUUAUCCUUUCCCUGUUUAUAUUUAAUGGUAAUAUAUCUGCCUUUCACAAUUAACAGCUACGAGAUUCUAUAGCCAUCACCAUAGAGCUGACUCUGUGCUAGUCAUUUGAUCAUUUCACAGUGGGCUGGGAAUCAAUUUGAUUUAUUUAGUAUACUAAAAAUAAAGUUUUUCUCUUUAAAAUAUUUAAGGUAGGUCAAUCAAUGGGUCGUGUUUGACGGUCCCUAUUGAAUCGUUUUGUUGUUUUUAUUGUUGGGGUAUAAAAAAAGUUCUUAAAAUAAUGAGCCAAGUAAUUUCCAGAAGCACAUGCACAAUUCUGGUAGAAAUCUUAAACUAAUCAAUCGCAAGUCUCUAUAAAUUUGAAAACGAAUUCGUUGUGAUUUUUUGAAUUUUAAAAAAGUAAUAUAACUGACAUUUUUAUUUAAAAUCUGUCCCGCCAAGCCAAACUGGUGAGAAUGUCUCAACCGGCCCUACGUAAUUCACUCUAAAAUAUGAAAAUGGAAUUGGAGAAAUCUGCUUAUGUAACUAAUUUAUUUGUCUACGAUGAUUUUAUCGGGCAAGCAUUUUUUCGUGAUAUAUGACACAGUAAACUGUUACGCCUUUGUUUCUUUAUUCCCACUCACUGUCAGAAAUUCCCUUAUCGAAAGGGAUGGAUUUUUCAGCUGUUCCUUGCGGAAAAUAUACAAUCUACGGCGGGGAUUCAACCUCGAAAAUGUUACAACAAUUGCGUUCAACGUAAGCGCCUCACUAUGUUUACUAAUAACGCAUUUAUCCCGAAAAAUACAAUUUAUUUAAUGAGAAUAGAAAAUUGAUUGAACACACAUUAUGUUUUAUUUCAUUACAAUCAAAAAUUAAUUUGUGAUGGUAAUUUAAAUGUGACUCAUUGGAAACAAAACAUCAAAAAUAAAAUGAGCAUUCUUCUGAGGAUACAUUGAGAACAAAUUCUCAAAUUUCGGGAAAAUUGAUAAAUAUUUAGAUAAGAUAUACAAAAACAAAGAUGACAAGACCAUAAAUUAUAACGCCUGGGGCGCUAGCAGAUAUCGCGAAUUCUCUUUUUAUUUUUCGUCAUUUAUUGACAACAUCAGCUGACA